AUGGGUACAGAAACUCGUCUAGAAAAUUUACCAAACGAGAUUUUCUUGGAAAUAUUUGACUAUUUACAUGCACUUGAUAUCUUUAGUGCAUUUGGCUCAUUGAAUAAACGAAUUUCGUCGAUUUUCCAAUCAACUCCACUUCGCAUUAUUAUUUCAGGAAAGCAUUGUCGUAAUCAAGUUGAUUUUCUUUCUUCUUAUCUUACUUUCCAUGCUCAUCAAGUUAUUUCAAUAAACAUAAAUGAUAUAGUUCGUGACGAUACAUCUAUUAUUAGUUUAUUAUUCAGUCGACAUGAUUUUAUUAAUCUUCAAUUCUGGUCAUAUAUACCAAAAUAUUUAUUUCCUGUGGAUUUACUCGACGGUUAUGCAUGUCAAGAAAUGUUAGAACUUUAUGUUCCAUUCUAG